UGACAAUCAACUUUCUCUCAAUUGUUUUAACUGAAAACUUUAAAAAUCUACUCUCUUAGCAAUACUGUAUUAUUAACUAUAGUCAUGCUGUUGUACAUUCAUCCCUGUGACCUAUUUAUUUUAUAACUGGGAGUUUGUUCCUUUCGAGCCCCUACCCGUUUCACUCACCCCCACCCCUACCUCUGGCAACCACCCAUCUGUUCUUUGUAUCUAUGAGCUUAGUUUUUAAAUUAAAUACAUUUUUUUUAAGAUCCCACAUAUAAGUGAUCUCAAAUGGUAUUUGUCUAACUUAUUCCACUUAGCAUAAUGCCCUCUAGGUCUAUCUAAUUCUUCUUCUUUUUUUUCCCCUGGAUUAGCACCUGCUUAUUUUUCAAGACUUGGCUCAGGAGGCAUCUUAUCCAGGAACUUUCCCCUGUUCUUCCACAGAACCUGCAGGUUCUCAUGGGAAUCUGUCUUUGGAGGAACUUUGACUUAAUUUUCCACAAGAACAGACUUGAUUUCUCUUAUCUCUGCAAUGUGGAACUUCAGAGAUGACUGUUCAAGGAGGAAGAGAAUAAUGAUAAAUACAGUGGUGAUCUGCAAGUCAAGUUAAAAUGUCUCCGGAAGUGGCCUUGAACCGAAUUUCUCCAAUGCUCUCCCCAUUCAUAUCUAGCGUGGUCCGCAAUGGGAAAGUGGGACUGGAUGCUACAAACUGUUUGAGGAUAACUGACUUGAAAUCAGGCUGCACGUCAUUGACUCCUGGACCCAACUGUGACCGAUUUAAAUUGCACAUACCAUAUGCUGGAGAGACAUUAAAAUGGGAUAUCAUUUUCAAUGCCCAGUACCCAGAGCUGCCUCCCGACUUUAUCUUUGGAGAAGAUGCUGAGUUCCUGCCAGACCCCUCUGCUCUGCAUAACCUUGCCUCCUGGAAUCCAUCAAAUCCUGAAUGUCUCUUACUUGUGGUGAAGGAACUUGUGCAACAAUAUCACCAAUUUCAAUGCAGCCGCCUCCGUGAGAGUUCCCGCCUCAUGUUUGAAUACCAGACGUUACUGGAAGAGCCGCAGUAUGGAGAGAACAUGGAAAUUUAUGCCGGGAAAAAAAACAGCUGGACUGGUGAAUUUUCAGCUCGUUUCCUUUUGAAGUUGCCAGUGGAUUUCAGCAAUAUUCCCACAUACCUGCUCAAGGAUGUGAAUGAAGACCCUGGAGAAGAUGUGGCCCUCCUUUCUGUCAGUUUUGAGGACACUGAAGCCACUCAGGUGUAUCCUAAGCUGUACUUGUCACCCCGAAUUGAACAUGCACUUGGCGGCUCCUCAGCUCUUCAUAUCCCAGCUUUUCCAGGAGGAGGAUGUCUCAUUGAUUAUGUUCCUCAAGUGUGCCACCUGCUCACCAACAAGGUGCAGUAUGUGAUUCAAGGAUAUCACAAAAGAAGAGAGUAUAUUGCUGCUUUUCUCAGUCACUUUGGCACGGGUGUCGUGGAAUAUGAUGCAGAAGGCUUUACAAAACUCACUCUGUUGCUGAUGUGGAAAGAUUUUUGUUUUCUUGUACACAUUGACCUGCCCCUGUUUUUUCCUCGAGACCAGCCGACUCUCACAUUCCAGUCCGUCUAUCACUUUACCAACAGUGGACAGCUUUAUUCCCAGGCCCAGAAAAAUUAUCCAUACAGCCCCAGAUGGGAUGGAAAUGAAAUGGCCAAAAGAGCAAAGGCUUAUUUCAAAACCUUUGUCCCUCAGUUCCAGGAGGCAGCGUUUGCCAAUGGAAAGCUCUAGGAAACACCAGUCUUGAGAGGUGGCCAGCCAGGCUGCUCUGUCCACAUGCGUGUCAGCACAUAUGGCCGCUUCCUGGAAGCCAUUGGAAUGUCUUCACGGCAGCAUUUCACUCACACAGCAGCUUUGCGCCCCGACUGGAACCCACACUUGAGCUGGCUGGCGGGCACCUGGGUCCCAGAGCCCCCCACCUCUGGUUGCCCCCUCUUUGUUUCCUUCAGUAUACUUCUUAGUUGGAAGAAAUAAAGUCACAAAUCAGGAUGCUGUUACUUUUCCAGGGAACGUAAGACAUCAUAAAUGCACACACCCUGAUUCCAAA